UUAUACAAAUCUAUAUUUUACUAAAUCUAACUUUAGUCAGAGCAUAGCAGGUAUGCUAAUAUAAAUAGCACCUGGCGUCAAAACCAGAGAUGGAUGACACUUCAGUCUCUGUUUGAACAAACAGUGAAACCUUUGUGGUAGCAAAUCAUCUUAUACCAAAUUAUGUCGGAAAAGAUGAGUUUUGUUUUGAAACAACAUUUUGAACUGAGCCAUGAUGGUCUACAAAAAGCUGACUUUUCAGAAUGAAACAGAUCACUUUUGAGAGUUGUAAACAGAUAGUGAACAUUACAUGUCACUUGUUAGACGCUUUUAUCCAAAGCGACUUACAUACUCAGUACUGUGGGCAAUCUCCACAGGAGAACUUUGGGGAGAAGUGUCUCAGGGACACAACGACAUGCUGACUGCAGUGGGAUUUGAACCUGUGACCCCCUGAUCCCAACACCAACGCACAACCCACUGCACCACAUGCCUCAUUGAGGCAAAUUUGAAGAAUGACUUCCCACUUAAAGGAUGUUCCAGGUGCUCCAGGGUCACAUCCAGCCGGCUCCACACAGAGGCCGUAAAACCCGCCUGGUCACCAAAGACGGGCGCUGCAACAUCGAGUUCGGCAACAUCGAGUACAGCAACCACUUUGCGUACCUACUGGACUUCUGGACGACGUUCGUGGAGAUCCGCUGGCGCUUCGUUCUGCUUCUGUUCGUGGCCUCGUUCACCGGCAGCUGGUUCGUCUUCAGCCUGCUGUGGUACUGGAUCGCAAAGAGCAACGGGGAUCUGACGGGGCAGAACCGAACCGACGGACAUGUGCAGUGCAUCGAUAACGUCAACGGUCUCACGACGGCGUUUCUCUACUCGUUGGAGACUCAAACCACCAUUGGUUACGGGGGUAGAGCGUUAACCGGACACUGCGCCGGAACAAUUGCUCUAAUCAUCAUCCAAUCUCUAAUCGGCGUCUUCAUCAAUUGCUUCAUGUGUGGCGUCAUAUUAGCCAAGAUCUCGUUACCCAAAAGACGGGCGAAGAGCAUCACAUUCAGCGACACGGCCGUCAUCUGCCUGAAGAAAGGAAGUCUGUGUCUUCUGCUACGAGUCGCAAAUCUACGAAAGACGUUAUUGAUCGGCAGCCAGAUUUACGGAAAGCUGCUCAGGACAACGACCGCUCCCGAUGGAGACACCGUCAUUCUGGAUCAGGUGGAUAUUGACUUUAUGGUGGACAGUGGAAAGGAUAACUUGUUUUUUGUUUGCCCUUUGACCCUGUACCAUGUGAUUAACACUUCCAGUCCGUUCUACGAGCUUUCAGCGGACUCUCUCCCCAACCAGGACUUUGAGUUGGUGGUCUUUUUGGACGGGACAGCAGAGUCUACUAGUUCUUCCUGCCAGGUCCGAACCUCCUACAUCCCUCAGGAGAUCCAGUGGGGGUUCAGCUUUCUGCCCAUCAUCUCCCGCACCAAGACGGGAAAGUACCGGGUGGACUUCUCAAACUUUUCCAAAAGCGUGCGGGUCACAACGCCGCACUGCGUCCACUGCUUUGAGACGGACGCAGACCAGAAAAACCACAACAGUCACAAUCAGGAGAAUCAGGACAAACAGCAGAAGUUGGGCAUCGACAACCUCGGGUUUCAGGUGAUCGACAUUCACGACUCUAUGGACAUCACUAAAAUGUGAGGGGAGAAGGGUGAAUGUGUCAAAAUCAGCCGGAAAAUAAACCCUAUUUGGAGCAAAAGCCAGGUUUUCAACAACAGUUCUCGGACUUUGAGUCCUACAAGCUACUUUUCAGGAAACUAAAAGUUUCAUUUGUUCCCUUGUUGUUCCCAUCGUGGUGUAAAGACCCACUAAGAUUAGGCAAAUUAGUACACAGACUAAUUAAAAAGCAACAGCUGUUUUAAACCUAAUAUCUUGCUUCUGACUACUACGACUGGGAAUGUCUCAAGAGCCGCUUUCACACCAAGUGCUUUGACUUUGCUGUACUUACGCCUUCCGAGUAAAUCGCCAGACCGCCGACACCUCCUCAUCUCCACCGCUCCCAUGUUUUUUUUUGUGUUGCCAUAAGUUAUUCUCUCUCCGUUGGUGCACGGGGCUAAUGCUAAUGCUAAUGCCAGCAAAUACAAUGGCGGCUUCACAAAACUUUUCAGAGUUUUACGGGGCGUGGUUGGCAAUUCGCCCAGCCAGUCGAAAUUGGUACUUUUUUCUCCCCAGGAAAGUACCACCUCUCUAGCAGGGACUGAAAAUGGGAGUAAAAGUUCUCGGAACUAAGUUCUCUUUUUGAUGUGAACGCAAAAUUCCAGGCACUAACGGAAUUAAACGGGAAAAAUACGGGUAAAAGUACUCCGGUGUGAACGCGCCUAAUCUUGGAAGCAAAUGUUCGUUGUGGCCAAACGGUGGAAUUAUAAUUUCCUUGUCAGUCACAAUACGGACCUAACAUUGGGAAAGAGACUUCUGCAAAUCAGUGUAUAACCUUCGUUUUUGGUAUAUCAAGUUCCCAACACAUGAAUAGCCCUUAUCCUUAGGCCCUAAAAGUUGUAACAAAUGCGCUAUAGCCGAAACCGGAGUUCUUUUACCUUUUUCUAAUCAUGUAAAUGUGCCUAAACGGAGCUGCAGAUUGCCGGAAUAUCCAGGGGAUUUUAUACUCGAGAGUGGAGUCCUUUUUGCAUCAUGUACUAGCAAAUCUACAUCCAUGUAUCUCUUAUUCCUUGUCUAAGGCUGUUUGUCAUCUCCAAAACUAUUUUAACAAUCCAACCAGAUAUUGGCAAUCUUAAUGGUUGAAUUUUCUUGCCUGAAAACAGAUUAAAUGUAAUAAAGUGACAUACCUUUUAA